UAGCCUUCGAUUUACUUUUUUGAUUAAUUCCAAAAUACUUUAUGAGUUCAACUGCGAAAUUCAAAAACCAUACAUAACAUAAAUUAAAGUGUCUUUUAAAAUAAUAGCGUUUUUUUUUUGGCAAUUUUAAACAAAUUCAAGUAGGCCAAGAAAAUUUGAAACCUUAGAAAACAGUUGACGUCUUAGCAAGAAAGAUUACUUUAGCAAGCAACUUGGUGAGAAGCACACGUUCAGUUACAGCCAGCCAUCAUGCCACGAGGAAAGUUUGUUAACCACAAAGGCCGCAGUCGCAAUUUCUCAACACCUGAGGAAAUGCGAGAGGAUUUAGAAGAUGAAAGCGAUCGUUUCGACAGCGGCAACGAAGAGGAGCCACAAACUGCUUCCACAUCUAAGCCAAAAGAGAAGGUAAUCAAUAAGAAUUCCGAUUCCGAUGAUGAAAUUGACGAUGAACAAAUCAAGACACGUGAUGCCAAAAAAGGUGUAGCAGCACUAAUAGAUAUUGAGAAUCCAAAUCGUAGGACACAAAAGGUCACCAAAAAUUUGAGUCGUCUCACCAUGGAGGAAGUUUCAUCGUCAAGGGCCCCGAAGCCGGAACUUUCACGUCGUCAACGCGAACAGAUUGAGCAUCAGAAGGCUCAGCAACGCUAUGAAAAACUCCACGCAGCUGGCAAGACUAACGAGGCCAAAGCGGAUCUGGCUCGAUUGGCUGUCAUUCGUCAACAGCGCGAAGAGGCGGCAGCUAAGCGAGAGGCGGCCAAGAAGGCAAACGAAGCGGCCAAGGGUACAAAGAAGUAGCAACAGCAAAUUCAAAAAGAUUACAAAGAAUUUGAAACAAAUAAAUCGUAUAUAUUUAUAUAUUUGAAACAAAUUGUAAUUGUAAAGUCAAUAAUAUUCGAAUUUCAGGCAGUUAAAA